GAAGCCAGACAAAUACGACUUACCCAUAAACGAGUGGACGAUGGCAUCCCGACCAUUAAAGAUCAAGACUGGAGUCGUUGAACGAUUGAUCAAGGAAGAAGAUUCGUACAAGAAGGAGUACGAUAACCAACUCAAACGGAUCGAAAAAGUCAAGCAAGAAACCCCGGAUGACGACUGGAACAUUCGCAAACAAAAAGAGGUUCUGGAUGAAACGAUCAAAAUGAUCCCCGAUGUGAAGCAAAGGCUAUCAAAGGCGAUUGAAGAACUAGCCGAUUUAGUGAGCGCACAUGAGACCGACUUGGCAGGUACAGAAGAACUAUCGAAAGCUCAACAGGUCUUAACACUUGCUGCCUCUCGAAGGGCCGAAUCCGAUGCAGCCGCCACCUAAUCACGACCUGAUCAUAAAUGUACUAUUCCCACAUCUUUAGCUCAUUCUGUAAUUACCCCAAUCUCAUAUCAAUCAAUGAUCACACUCGAUCUGUUUUACCGUCGUUCGAUCGUCAUGUAUUCCCCGGAAAUUGCGCCAAAUCGUGUUUCUUGUUCUUCUUCUUUUUUUUCUAGUAUUGUCACUCCGCAUUGCGUGAGAAGCUUCUCCAACAUGCAAAACUAAACGAAGAAGAAGAAACACAUUUCUCAGUCGUUUUCAGCUCCGCAUGAAGACGAGAAUCGGUUCAUCUGCUCAUGUAUCCCUUAGAUCUAUGCUUACUCAGAUAAAUUCAAAACAAACAUCAAGGUUUAUAAGAUGAAAUGUAUGACCAGAGUGAUCCUU